AUGGAAUCAGCUUCAUUGGAACCAAAGUAUGGUAACAAGUUCGUUGCUGGAGGAGAAGACAUGUGGGUCCGUGUUUUUGAUUUUCACACGGGAGCAGAAGUUGGAUGCAACAAAGGUCACCAUGGUCCAGUGCACUGUGUUCGAUUUUCUCCUGGAGGUGAAUCCUAUGCCUCAGGCUCUGAAGAUGGGACUAUCAGAAUAUGGCAAACCGGUCCUUUGACUCAUAAUGAACAGGACGGUUCUUCUAACGGACCUAUUCUGAACAUGAAGGAUGCAGCUGAUGAGGUUACUAAGCAGAUUGAGAAUGUUCAUAUUGAUGAAGAGAAAAACGAGGGAUGUGAAAAGGCAAAUUAUGCUGAAUAG